AUGCUCAUGUUGCGGGAUAGCGAGCGCCUGCCUCGGAAAUGGUCUAUGGCGAAGACGGUGGCGAUCGUUCUCUGCUAUGGUCCGCGUGGCUUGUAUUGCUUUGCAGUGCACAGGGCGCAGGGCGUAGAGUCGAUACAUGCUAGGUGCGGGUUAGCAGCAGUCUUUGCGCUUGUGAUACUGGGCCAUGGGACAAUGAAUGUGUAUGUCUGUGUUUCGAUUAUGAGCCUUUGGUACAUUUUGCAGCCCCCUCGCUUCCGGACCUGCUGGCAUGUGACUAUGCCUCGUGUGGCUACAUCGGCAGUGUCCCCUCAGAAGCGUUCCCUACGAGUCCUUCGCGCGGAGUAUUUCAAGCGCAAGGGAGACAUCAGAGAUAUUGUCCACACGAAGACGGCCAUUUUGAAUGAAGUCCGGGACAAGAUCAGGAAGCUCGAGGGAGAGAUCAAAGAGGCAGAAGAGGAGCUGUCGCGGUAG